AUGGCUUCAGACCUCACAAGAAAAAGCCUCGUGCUCGAAAGGGUUGAACGGCAUGACAUUUAUUACCUCGAAACCGUCGUAUUCCGUGUUGAGGACACCCUCUUUCGCGUACCUCGCCGUGGUUUCGAGUUGGAGUCCGUCAUAUUCGCAUCAAUGUUUUCACUUCCUCCUGGAAAGCACAACCCCGAGGGUCAAGAUGAUGAUUCUCCUAUAGUACUGCAAGGUGUUAAAAAGAGGGAUUUUCAAAGCUUGUUGGAGAUGAUGUACCCUAUGGGACCGAAUCUUCCGAACUUAACGCAUGAAGACCGUGUUGCCGUUCUCCAUCUAUCGACGAUGUGGGAGCUGGUCAAGGUUCGUAAAUCCGUAAUCGAAAUGAUGGAAAAGACACCUUUGGACGCCGUCGAAAAGAUCCUAAUUGCAAAAAAGGAACGAAUCUCCACCUGGUUACUAACCGGGUACUUCGCGCUCGUCAGAGAAAACCCCCUCACCUUUGAAAGAGUCAAACUGCUCGACUGGGAGACGGUUGCAAAGCUCUUUGCUGUUCAAUAUCAGUCCAAGAUGCCGGAAUAUUGCGAGAAAAACCGUUUCACAGGCUACUGCACGAGCUGUGGGCAUCGAUAUCCAGAUAAUAUCCUGGGGCGGCUUACGCCAACAGAAGGCCUUGUGGAAAGAGUAUUUGGGCAAGAGAUACGGUUUAUUCGAAAGGAAGAGGAGGAAAAAUGGAGGGAUCGCGGAGACGGAGACUCAGACAUGGAAUCAUCAGACUCUUCGGACUCGGAUUGA